AUGCGCCCUUCAUUCACAGAGUAUACCCAAUCAUCGGGUAUCACUAAUGAUCUCAAUCGUGCCUCAACAGCUUACAAUUUGACGAGAGGUUUGAGAGCCGUAUAUUGCGGUAGUGCAUUUCUGCCAGCAUUUGUAUUGGACGAAUGUCAUGCAGCUCUCAAUGAUGAUGGUUUCGAUUUUGUACGGAAAUGUAUAGAAGCAAUAGAAGAAAAAGGAAUACGCGAGCAAGGGUUAUAUCGAAAUUGUGGUGUUACAUCAAAAGUGCAAAAGUUAAUGCAAAUUGGAUUGGAUAGACGGCGUUCCGUACAUGACAAACUUAGUUUUGCUGAUAAUGAAUGGGAAAUUAAAACUUUGUCAAGCGCUCUUAAAACUUUUUUAAGGAAUUUACCGGAACCACUGAUGACGUUUAACUUACAUCCUCAUUUUAUCAAUGCUGCCAAAAUGGAUUCUGAGACGCGUGUCUCUUGUAUUCACUAUUUUGUUUAUAAAUUACCGCAAAUACAUUUCGAUAUGUUGCAAAUUAUUAUCGAGCACCUUCGGAAAGUAGCAGAUCGUUCCAGUGAGAAUCUCAUGACGGUAGGUAAUCUCGGUGUUUGUUUUGGGCCAACAUUGCUGAGGCCAAAAGAGGAAACAAUGGCAGCUAUUAUGGAUAUCAAAUUUUGUAACGUGGUUGUCGAAGUGCUCAUUGCAAAUUAUGAUCUCAUAUUUAAAAAUAAGCCAAUAGAAAUUGAUAAUAUUCCUUGUAUAUCGAAAGCUAAUGACCAGGAAGAAUUGGUAAGUGAAAGCGCUUCUUUUGGAGAGACUAGCGCUACCCCUUGUAUUGCUUUUUCAAAACAGCAGGCUCUACCAAUCUCUCAGGAAGAGAAGAGGCUGCAAGCUGAUGAUAUAUCAAGUUUCAACAGGCGUCCACAAACGAUUGCCAGUCCAAUCAAGUGUCAACGCCCUCCCCCUAUUUACGACCGAGUGCCAUGUUCCUAUGCCGAUAGCAAUAAUGAUUUAAAUAUGAACUCAUCGAAUCGUUCGAUGUUAGCAUACGGUAAACCGAGUACAUCUGCUGGAUCAUCUCCUGUCACACCAAUAACUAGUAAUAGUCUAACUUGUUCGGCUUCAACACUUACGCAGAGUACCGCAAAGUCUCAAGUCAGACAACCUUCACAUGGAUCCUCUACUGAACAUGCGCGAGGUACAGCGGAACGUGAAUGUCGAACACGUAUUGGGAAAAAAUAUGCGGAAAGUUGGGAGUCAUUGAAUUCAGCAGUCACUGGUUCAGAUCCAUCAGCGAGUGAACGAUUUCAUAAUCAUCCUAAAACUGCGCAGGAACCGCAAUCUACCACCUCUAGGGCCAAAUUGAGUACAUCGUACGCCCCAGCAUAUAAUUCCUUUUCAUCUGAAUCCUCCAUCACAGCUCAUAACUUUUCCACCAAGGCCAAUAAUGAACGUCGUAAAAUAUCAGCUUUGCCCAUGUCAAAAUAUCAGCAUCACGAAUUAUCGCGGCCAUCCAAAAAAUUGCCAAACUGCGGGAAUGCGGCUCUUGAUUCUGUCACGGGUGAUAUUGGUAUUUGUGGUGAUAUCGCUAUUGGUACCGAAGUACUUCCCAGUGAGCUCAGGGUUCCACCAUUAUUCACGUAUACUCAUACUUUAGGAGCAUUGCAGCCAAGUCGGCGAGUGAAAACACUUUAUGCAUGCACAGCAGGUCACAAUACCGAAUUAUCCUUUCAGCCUGGACAAAUUAUUACUAACGUUUAUGAAUCAAAAGAAGAUGGUUGGCUGAUUGGAACUUUAAACGGAAAAACUGGUCUCAUCCCAGCGAAUUACGUCGAACCACUUCCCUAA